UCUGACUUAAUAUUUAUUGUCCAGAGGCUGGGCGAGAAGUGAUUUGGUUUAUCUGCUUUUCUUUCUGUGUGUCCCGCUUCUUUGAAACUGUUGCUGGUGUUUACAGGUGGUUGAAUAUACGACUCGUUUUUAUCAUCCCUUAUAUGAUUGAUUCGGAUUAGCGGAAGUUUCCAGUAACUCUGUCUGAAUCCCAACGUGGCCACCUCCUCAGCCUGAACGAUGAGACCGAGGGGAUUUUAUGUUUAUCAUUUUUUAGGAAGCAACACGAGUAGAGCAUAUGAAUUUUACUGACCACUAUGAGCUGCAAUGGCAGCAGUGAGGUUUCCGCUGACAGCGACACAGAAUUCCCCUCCGGCUGAAAGCCUGGACAGCUCAAGCCACAAACCAGCUGCAGAGCGCUGUGAUUGUUUACAAAAUGAGACAAGAGAGAAAUGACUCUUGGUUGGUUCAAGACACAUAGAAGGAAGCAGCUCUAAGUCUGUUGGCUGAUAACUCGGACCUAACACCUGAUCGAGUGGAUUUUUGCUCUCCGGUUUGUUAGAAAGGCCUUUCCUGUGUUUACUGAUGGAGCAGUGGAGGUGAGCCGGUUCGCCCCGUCUCACCAUGCUGGCUCCGACCAUGGAGCAGGGCAGGCGGGGGAUGGAUGAGGCCAGCACCAUUCGGCAGGGCCGGCCGGCAGGGCAGCGGGUCAACAUUAAGGAGAAGAUCUCCCAGUGGGAGAGUCGGACCCAACAGAGCAGCAGCAGAGAUGGAGGAGUCAAAGCACAUCCUCCUGCUGUGUCCAGAACGCUGUCCGGUGAUCUUCUGGGGAACGGAUAUUCCGAUGAAGGCUUGGGAGUCAGAAUUCUUGCCAGAGAUAGCCGCUCAAGAGCAAAAAGUACAGAGUUAGACUUCAGGGAAUCUCCAGCUCAUGACGUCCACAGCGUGGCUGCUCGUAAAUCAGAACUGUUCAAGAAAUCCUCCACUUCAUUUUCAAAUCCAUCUCCUGGAAAAAACAGCACAGCAAAAACUUUUGCAACUUGCAAAUUUAACACAGACACCCUUUCUUCAGCCAACCCAGUCUUUUCAGCCAACGGCAACCCCAAAGUGGAUCGCCUUCCUGACAUCUUAAUCGUCUCCAAGCCUCUACCUCCUUCAGCUGGUGAUCAGGACGACAACAUGCCUGCUGGAAACUUCUACACGUCUCGGGGUUUCUGGAGGAAGCUGGAGGGAGACAGGCUGCUGUGGGAGAACAGCAGGAGCAACACAAGCGACGCACUGCCCCCUCCCAAACCUCAGCGCACAUUCCAGUACCGCGGGACCAGCAACAACACGAAGUCGUGCUGGGACAGCAGAUCCCCUCACAACAGCAGCAGCUUCAACCUGAGGAGCAGGAGGGUGGUGAAGCCGCCGAACUUCCCACCUCCACCAUGUCCUGUCAUCCAGACCGAAGGGCUGUCCAGGCAUAAGAACAGGUGAGGCCAGGAAGAUAACCAUUACACCACCAUAUUUCAUAUUAGCCUUUUAUUGAGCAGAAUAAAUGAAAACAGCUGCAGCUUUUAAAGCAUUACAAAGACAGCGUUUUUAAAAAAGCUAGUAAUCAUGAAAAUAAAUCUAUUUAUAAUGAAUUAAACUAAAUUAAGUCAGUCUUAGGGAGUGCUAUCUAGUUGCUUUCAAAGCCUUACUAGUUCUGGUGAGAUAGUGUUUGAUUUUAUUUGUACUCUGAAGUUUCUGUCAGAAAUAUCACAU